UCUACUUUUGUUAUUUUUUUAGUUUUACGUCGUACUGCUGCACAAACGUAGUUUUUUAUCACUAAAAGCUUCCAAGAAAGUUGUUAAUAAAUAUUUCAUAAUUAAUAAUAACUAUUUUUUAGUAACAAUAAUAUUACAGAACACAUUUAUUACUCUUCACUCAGUCGGAGAAAAGAAACUUUGUCAGUAAGUGUUUUUUACAGUAAGAUCUAUCGUAGUGGUUGGAAGUCAUUCGAAGAAAGUAUACCUACAUAGAGAACAAUGUGCGAUAAAACUAAAAGACGUGUAUUAUCCAUACAAAGUCAUGUUGUCCAUGGUUAUGUGGGCAAUAAAAGUGCAACAUUUCCAUUACAAGUUUUAGGCUUUGAGGUUGAUGCUAUUAAUUCUGUACAAUUCUCUAAUCAUACUGGCUAUAAAGUAGUUAAGGGUCAAGUGCUACAGGAAAAGGAACUAGAUGAUCUUUUCCAAGGUCUAGAUAGCAAUGAUCUUUUAAAAUGUUAUUCUCAUUUAUUAACUGGUUACAUUGGCAAUGCAUCAUUUUUAAGACAAGUAGCCAACAUUGUUAAAAAAUUAAGGGCAACUGAACCGAAUUUAAUAUAUGUUUGUGAUCCGGUUAUGGGUGAUAAUGGUCAGAUGUAUGUACCCCAAGAUUUACUGCCUAUUUAUCGCAAUGAAAUAAUUCCCUUGGCUGAUAUUAUAACACCCAACCAGUAUGAAGUUGAACUAUUAACCGAAAUGAAAAUCAACACAGAAGCCGAUAUAUGGAAAGCUGUACAAUGGUUUCAUGACAGAGGCAUUGAUAUGGUGGUCAUUUCUAGCAGUGAUUUAGGUAAGGAAGGUGAACUUCGUGCCUUCCUCAGCAAACGCAAUGGUUCCCGUUAUGCUUUAAAUAUUCCAAAGCAGGGCACUGAUAUUUCUUUCACUGGUACCGGAGAUUUAUUUGCUUCACUGUUUUUGGCUCACAGUUAUCAAAAUACAAAUUUGGGCUUAGCUCUUGAGCGUACUAUUGCUUCUUUGCAAGCUGUUAUUAAACGCACUAUAGAAACAAUGCCAGCCGAAGUUCUCAAUGGAGAACGGAAGGUAACUUCGUUUGAACGUGAAUUAAAAUUGAUUCAAAGUAAAACGGAAUUAGAAAAUCCCCAGAUAGUUUUACAUGUUGAAAAAAUUAAUUAAUUCAAUUACGCAUUUAAAUAACUUUAUUGUAAUCACUGUUGUUGAGAAUUUUGUUUAUUUUAUCUUUUUUAUCAGCAAAACAUCUGACAAUAAUUAAAAAGCUAUAUUCUA